UUUAACGUUGUGGAAGCCCCAAUUGGAAUUCCAAGAUAAGACAUAGGAAACUCAGCAACCGUGCACCUUGCUAAAGUUGCACACACUUCUCCCUGUCGAUCAACUCUAAUUAAAACUUUAAUCAAAAUAGUUCGACAUCGAUGGUUCUGGAUUAACAAACUUCAGGUAUUUUUCACACACUCUCUCUGUUAUUUAAUUUUAGGGUAAAACUAAAUCCAUGGAAGAAGAAACAGAAAUUUCUCCAAUUUCAGAUUACAAUGGAGAAGAAGAAGUAGAUAAACUUAGCAAUUUACCAGAACCUCUCAGUCCAAACAAGCGUUUUAUCAAAGAGAUGGAGAUAUAUGUGGACUCCUCUCCGAACCCUAUCUAUGAAUUUUGAUUAUUGUACACACAGAAAGUUACAUAAUGAUGUCGAUGACUAUAUGUAUUUUGUAGAAAGAGUACUCAUGCUUCGUGAUAAUAAAGAUCUUUUACUUAAUCUUCCUCUACCUGAAGAAUCCAAGUUGCCUCCAUGCAUCUUUACUUGUCAGUCGUUGACUAAGUUGGUGUUGUGUUGCGAUGGUUGGAGAAUGACGAUGGUUAGUUUACCUAAAUCGUUUGAUUUACCUAAACUCAAAACUUUGAAGCUUAAAGGGGUUACAAUUUGUGAUACAGACUUAACUAGUAAGUUCUUGUCAAGCUGUCCUAUUCUAGAAUCGCUGGCAAUAACAAGAUCCAGAGUGAAUCUAAAUGUUAUUAAGACUCCUAACCUUAAGUACUUGACAUUAAAACACAACGAAUGUCAUGGAAUAGGAGGGCGGAAAGUCAGGUUUUAUGCUCCACUUCUCACAUCAUUCAUCUGCGAAAGUGACAUGACUCAUAAACUUGACUAUGCUCUGGAGAACAUUUCUUCUCUAGUUACUUGUGAUAUUACAAUGGCGGUAGACUGGACUGACGAAGAAGAAGAACCAGGGGCAUUUGAAAACUUUAGUGCAGAGGAUAAGGUACAAUAUGCUCAAGAUAUGAUGAAAUUGCUGGGGGCUGUUCGUAGUGUCAAAAAUCUAACGUUAUCACGUUGGCUCAUUAGGGUUAUGUCUGAAGUCCCUGAAUUACUGGAUCGUCACACUUUCGAAUAUUCGAAUCUGCGGAGUUUGACGCUACGACCGUUUCUUUCUAAAGAAUGCUUACCCACAAUAACAUACUUAUUGAAGAUCUCUCCUAAUAUAGAAUUUCUUUGCGUGGUUAUAAAUGAGAGUCCCUAUGAUGACGGGCCUCCGAAGUAUCCAUUAUGUGAUGAGGGAACUCUCGUGAACUACUCCUUGUUUCUUUUUCAUUUCUAUCAUUCAAUGAGGGAAUUAUAGAGACCCCUACCUUAUCCAAACUAAAAAUGCAUACACAUGGUUGUAUUAGUUAAAAUACACUGGUUCUCAAGUCCUCCUAGCAAAACCUUUGCAUAAUUACGAGCCAAUGAAAGUAUCCACCUAGGCGAAUGAUCUGCUGCUCAGUUGGCGACUCUGUGGACACAAGUUCGUCCUAAUCUCAAACUGUAUGAACAGACAAUUAGGUGACAAUUAGGUGUCAGGAGUUCAGA